UUUUGUUUGGUUGCUGUUAGCAGCAAGAUGGCGGCUCCCUGCCCGGCGCUCACACCCUGACUUCUGCACAUUAAACUCCAGCUCUCCGCCUCCACAGUGCUCCGUCACACUGAUGCAUGGAGAAGCCGUUAAUCUUAUUUUCCUGCUGGCUCGGCGUAGCGUUCCCGGUUCUGCGUGUUAUUCGUUCGUUUUCCCCCAGACUGCGCGUCGCUUCACCCGGGCUAAGAUGGCGGACGCUGCGCUGCAGUGCCGCGGCUAACGACCAGCACACUGACCGCUCCCCCGCAGACUGCACCACCACAGGAGGCUUCUGAUUCAACCUGUCUGACUUAAAUCUGUCUGAUAGACAACAGACAAGAGAGGGAAACUGUCCGGGGAAGUGCGAGGCAGCAACAUAACAGACAAACACUUAAAGGCAGCCGGCUGCUUAGCAUCGGGAGCUAGCUGACAGGCUAAUGCUAACCCCGCUGUUAGCAGGCCGGAACUGAUUUUAAACUUUGACGAACUCUGAACUGAAUUUGGAGAAUUAGUUUCUCACUGAGGAACGAGAGAAACACACAAACACACACACACAGAAACACACACACACACAGUGAGGCGUCAUGGAAGCCGAGCCCGGGACCCCCGCGGUGCUGCAGCCCCGGUGGAAGCGCGUCCUGGGCUGGAGCGGCCCGGUGCCGCGGCCCCGACACGGACACCGGGCCGUCAACAUCAAGGAGCUGAUGGUCGUGUUCGGAGGAGGGAACGAGGGGAUCGUGGACGAACUGCACGUCUACAACACAGCUACUAACCAGUGGUUCAUCCCGGCUGUUCGGGGUGACGUCCCCCCCGGCUGUGCUGCUUACGGCUUCGUGUGCGAUGGGACGAGGCUGCUGGUGUUUGGAGGGAUGGUGGAGUAUGGGAAGUACAGCAGCGACCUGUACGAGCUGCAGGCGAGCCGCUGGGAGUGGAAACGUCUGAAGGCCAAGGCUCCAAAGAACGGCCCGCCCCCCUGCCCCCGCCUCGGACACAGCUUCUCUCUGAUUGGAAGCAGCUGCUACCUGUUUGGAGGACUGGCCAAUGACAGCGAAGACCCUAAAAAUAACAUCCCAAGGUACCUGAACGACCUGUACUGUCUGGAGCUGCGGCCGGGCUCCAGCGUGGUCGGCUGGGAGAUCCCUCCGACCUCGGGUCAGCCCCCGCCCCCCAGAGAGAGCCACACCGCCGUGGUGACAAGUGGCCGCGGGAACAACAGACUCAUCAUCUACGGAGGCAUGAGCGGCUGCAGGCUGGGAGACCUGUGGGUGCUGCACAUAGACUCUCUGACAUGGAGUAAACCGACCCUCAAUGGAACCGCACCCCUUCCCAGAAGCCUUCACUCUGCCACCACCAUCAACAACAAGAUGUACGUGUUUGGAGGUUGGGUUCCUCUGGUGAUGGAUGAUGUGAAGGUGGCGACUCAUGAGAAGGAGUGGAAGUGUACCAACUCACUGGCCUGCCUCAACCUUGAUACGAUGUGUUGGGAGACGGUGCUGAUGGACAGUCUGGAGGAGAACGUCCCGAGAGCUCGCGCCGGUCACUGCAGCGUGGCCAUCAACUCCAGACUGUACAUCUGGAGCGGCAGGGACGGAUACAGGAAGGCCUGGAACAACCAGGUGUGCUGCAAGGACCUCUGGUACCUGGAGACAGAGCGUCCCUGCGCCCCCUCCCGGGUCCAGCUGGUUCGGGCUAACACGUCGUCUUUGGAGGUGAGCUGGGGCCCGUCUCAGACCGCCGACACCUACGUGCUGCAGCUACAGAAGUAUGACAUUCCUGCCACACCUGCUGUCACCUCAUCUGCCGCUAGCACCGCCCCCAACCUCGUCCCAACAGCCACACCUGUAGCGAGCUUCUCAAACAGCCCCUCCCCCGUCGCCACGACAUUAGCCAACCAGUCUGGCAUCACACUGCUGCCCUCCCACACCGCCUCUGUUCCUGCAAGCCCAUUGGCUGCCGCAGCCAAAGCCCCAGCAGUCCUGAAGGUGGCAGCUCCAGGAGUAGGGGGCGGAGCCUCUUUCGUUACUGUGAGGCACGCCGCACCUAAAUCUCCAGUCGCCGUGACGACACUUCCUGCAGGUGUUCGUAUGGUCGUACCUGCCCAGGCUGGUCAAGCGACGUCACAAGGGGGCAGUCCGCAGAUGAGCGGCAUGGCGGCGUUGGCGGCCGCCGCUGCAGCGACUCAGAAGAUCCCUCCCUCCACGGCAAUGCUGAACGUCCCUGCGGGAGCAACGCUUGUAAAGACUGUGUCUGUGAGUCCAGGAACCAAACAGGGCACCCCCGUUACCAUGGUAACAAACCCAGCCACCCGCAUCCUGAAGACUGCUGCUGCUCAGGUGGGCGUGUCCUCUGGAGUCUCCACCUCCGGCACCCCCGGCAGACCGAUCAUCACCGUGCAUAAAUCGGGCACAGUGACCGUCUCCCAACAGGCUCAAGUGGUCACCACAAUGGUGGGGGGAGUCACAAAGACCAUCACACUGGUCAACAGUUCACUGGGAGGAGGCGGGUCUCUGAUCGGUAACCUUGGUAACCUCGGUAACCUUGGGAAGAUGGUGGUCCAGACUAAACAAGUGCAGAGUGGAGCGGCGACUGGUCAGACUGUGAGCAGCCCCCUCACACAGUUCCUGCAGACGAAAGGCUCCCUCCCACCAGGAACCAUCCUGAAGCUGGUGACGUCGGCCGACGGGAAGCAGACGACCCUCCUCAGCACCGCGCAGGCCGGAUCCCCCAAAUCCACAAUCCUCGGCGUAGCCCCGGGAACAGGCACAAAACCAGGAGCCACUAUCAUCAAGACCAUCCCUAUGUCUGCUCUGCAGGGGGGGGCAGGUGCCAACAGUCCAUAUACAAUCUUCACCACCAAGAUGGUCACAGCAGGAAGUGCCGGAAAAAUUCUCACAACCGUCCCGAAGAUCGGCUCAGGAGGCCAGCAGGGACUCACACAGGUGGUGUUGAAAGGAGCUCCGGGGACGCCAGGUACAAUCCUGAGGACUGUACCUAUGGGCGGAGUCAGACUAGUGUCACCUGGAGCUGUUGGCGCCAAACCCAAUGUGACCACACUGGUUGUCAAGGGAACCUCAGGUGUGUCCAGUCUGGGGACUGUAACGGGAAGUAUCUCCACCGCAAAACCAGGAGGAGUUGUUACCUCCUCCCUGGCAACGCCCAUCACCACCCUAGCAACCAUUGCCACACUUGCUGGCAAGGUCACAGCUACAACAGCUGGACCCAAACAGGUGACUCUGAUCACAACUCCAAGUGGAGCGGAGUCUCUGGUCCAGGAUCUACCCGUCUCCAUCAUGGCGUCCCCGACUUCAGAAGAACCUGGAAGUACUACAAGCACCACGACAACUACAUCCAGUACUGCGGGAGGAGAGAGUGGAGAGACUGCAGGUAACACAGUGACGUUGGUGUGCUCCAACCCGCCUUGUGAGACCCAUGAAACUGGCACCACCAACACUGCCACAGUCGCCACAGCAGCCAUGGGCGGUAACAACAGAGAAUGCUCCAACCCGCCGUGUGAGAUGCACGAAACGGGGACGACCAACACCGCCACGACCGCCUCGGCCAGCAUGAACCAACUGCCACAGGUGAGCUCCAACCUGGCUGCUCCUGUCAGUCAGAUUGCAGGGAACACCUGCUCCAACCCGCCCUGUGAGACCCACGAGACCGGGACCACCAACACUGCCACCACAGCGGGGGCGGGAGGACUCACACAGGUUUGUUCGAACCCCCCCUGUGAGACUCAUGAGACCGGGACCACCAACACCGCCACCACGGCAGGGACAGGUGGACUCACACAGGUUUGUUCAAACCCCCCCUGUGAGACCCACGAGACCGGGACCACCAACACUGCCACCACGGCGGGGACAGGUGGACUCUCACAGGUUUGUUCGAACCCCCCCUGUGAGACCCACGAGACCGGGACCACCAACACUGCCACCACAGCCACAGCUCAGCAGGGUGAAGACUCCACAGACCCCUCCUCCUCCUCUGACCCCCCUGCACCGGCCCCCUCCACAGCAAGCCAGAGUAGAGCUGUUACCACGGUUACACAGUCCACACCCACCCCCGGACCAUCUAUACCUGAGAUCUCCUCAUUGGUUGGAGAGGGCAGGGCUGAGUCGUCUGAGGCGGAGGCUGUUGCCAUGGUAACUGGAUCAGCAGAAGAUGGGGAGGAGCCUAUGCAGACUGACAGCCAACCGGGGCAUGUGAUGCCAACGGUGUUACAGGUUCAUAUGGAGGACAGUGAGGCGGCACAGAUGACCUCAGACGGCGGUCUUCCUCAUGAGCUGAUGUCAUCAGAGGGGGAUGGAGGGGAGGGUACGACGACCCUGAUGGUGACGGGACUCACCGCGGAUCAGCUGGCCGUAACCACGGGAACAGACGACGCUGUACAGCAGGCGACAAUUCAGGCCGUGCUGCAGGCGGCGGGACACAUGGGUGAGGAUCAGCCCAUAGUUCUGACUCAGCAGGAUCUGGCGGUUCUGGUACAGCAGCAGCUUCAGGGCAUCCACAACCAACCUGAACCUGAACCUGAACCUGAACCUGAGCCCAGCAGCCUGCCCACAGAGGGCCUUGCUCCAGCAGACAGCCUGAAUGACCCCGCCGCAGAGAGUAACGGACACGAGCUGACAUCAUCAGCUGUGACCAGCGCCGUGGCCCGAUUGGCCAGUACAUUUGGCCCCAGCCCUCAGCUGACUGCCAGCCCGGUUAAGAUUCAAACAGCCGCGCUGCCCGCAGAGGUUACCAACGGCAACCCCGCUCCUGCAGGGAAGCCGACCGUGGUGAUGAGGUCAUCAGUGAAGGACAGUCAGUGGUAUGACGUCGGCAUCGUCAAGGUGACCAACAUGGUGGUGACACAUUACUACGUCCCCUACGGAGAAAACAUGGCCGACGAUGACUCAGGCGUGGUACCUGACUACAGUCAAAUGAAGAAGGUGGAGCUUCAGCCGGGCACGGCGUAUAAGUUUCGUGUUGCGGGGAUAAAUAUCUGCGGCCGCGGAGCCUUCUCGGAGGUGUCGGCUUUUAAAACGUGUUUGCCUGGUUUCCCCGGAGCGCCCUGCGCCAUCAAGAUCAGCAAGAACAUGGACGGGGCUCAGCUCACCUGGGAGCCUCCUGCCGUCACCUCAGGUAAGAUCACUGAGUACUCGGUGUACCUGGCCAUCCAGUCCAGCCAGGCGAGCUCGGCCUCAGGUUCUGGUCCGGCCCAGCUGGCCUUCAUGAGGGUGUACUGCGGCGUCAGCCCGUCCUGUCUGGUCCAGGCCUCCAGCCUCGCCAACGCCCACAUCGACCACACCACCAAACCCGCCAUCAUCUUCCGCAUCGCCGCACGCAAUCAGAAGGGCUACGGCCCCGCCACGCAGGUCAGGUGGUUACAAGAGAGCAGUAAAGAAGCUAAACCAGCUGUGAAGAGAGCCGGCGUGUCUCCUGAUUAUAAACCUGUCGGACCAAAGAAGUUCAAAACCGACCAAUAGGAGGAGCUGAUGUGAAGCUGAGGACUCUGAUUGGUUACUGUUGUCUUAAGCUCCACCCUGCGUCUGGUUAUCAUGUCAACAGGAUGGAGGCGGGGACUCCUUGAGAGUUUCCUGUCCCUUGGGAGACAGAUUAAAAAAAAAAAAGACUUGUAGGAUAUCUGUACAUUAUCGACCAGUCAGAAACUGUUUUACUUUGUUGUCAUGGAGACGGCGAGGGCUGGAGUCACAUGUUCGGCUAAAAAGGAAAAACAAUAAAGUUUGAGUUUAUUAAAUGUAGAUGUAGCUAGCCCUCCCUAACCCAGAGUUCAGGAUAGAGGUCAAAGGUCACAGUGCUAACAGUGGGUGGGGCCUCUGCAGAAGGGGGCGGGGUUUAAACCAGCUUAUUGUAAAUUAUUUUCUGUCCCAUUAAAAUAUGAUUUUUUUUAUAUAAACGUCUGAAAAAAAGUUUAUUCUAAUUCUCUGGUUUCUGUUAUUUCUUCUGUGGUCAUUCUUCUGAUUUUUUUUCUUCUGUUGAUGGAGUCGUCCCUGUGCGACGGAGCUCAGCCAUUGGUCAGUUUGUUUGAGAUUUUUCAGCUAUUGGGAAUGAGACCUGUUUGUGAAUAUUCUCUGGAACAAUAAAGUUUUUUAGAGCAUUUUUUUACCGAC